UGUGAGUCAUUUUAAUGACCAUAGUCUAUAAUGUUGUUAAAGUAAAUUCAGUGUUGGUGGUGAAUGAUUGAUAAUUACGUCAUAUGUGAUACUAUACCUGUUGUUUGAGGCCAAAAAAAAAAAAAAACCAUUCUGUUAUGGAUACUUUUGCUUCUUGUUUCCCCUUUUUCCUUAUCUACUUCGUUAUCAAUCUGAAGGCCUUUUUUAUGCAGGUAUACCUCAAAGAUGCUUCUGGCUGCAAUAAAUGAGCACUGUCAAAGGAACCUAUGAUUUCAUUUAUUUGCCAAUUGACUUCAAGAAGAAAUGCAACGUUAUGCAUUCAUCAACAUGAUUGAUCCACGACAGAUUAUUGCAUUCCAUAAGGCAUUCAAUGGCAAAAAAUGGGAAAAGUUUAACAGUGAAAAAGUGGCAUUGCUUGCAUAUGCUAGGAUUCAAGGAAAAGCUGCUCUUAUCGCCCAUUUCCAGAACUCAAGCUUGAUGGACGAAGAUAAACAAUGCCGCCCUAUGCUUUUUCAUACUGACAGUCCGAACGCUGGCGAUCAGGUUGGUUAUCAUGUCAAACUAGUGAAGGGGGAAAUGGAAGGAAACAGAGGGGAGGGGAAGGAAAUGGACUCUGUUUCCAUUUCUCUCAAACCAAACAGUGGGUUAAGGAGCCCCUUUCCCAUGGGUACUAACAUUCAAUCAAAACCCAGAAAGCCUCAAACAACCAGCCCUGAGAACAAUCGCCAAGUUAGCUCCUCGACUUCAGCAAAAGGGGAGGAACCUUCCAAUGGGCUAGAACCUUGGUCAGGUUAUCCCAAGUAUUCUAACUGAGCUGUCUGCUUUACCAAGCAGUAAUUGUGGAAGAGUAGUUUUGAUAACCCAAAUGCAUUUUGUAACUAUAGUUUCUUGACCAUUUCAUCUGUUUCUAGGAAAAUUUUUGUAUGAAUGGCCGAUAUGAGCACAGAGAACAGCUUAAAAAUGUUCCCGAGUCUAUGCAUGACUCCAAGGAUCCCUGUUGUUCUUAGUUUUGUAUACUGAUGUUUCCAAAUGUAAUUUCUUUCCUUUUUUCUCAAGGAGGGAGAGAAAAAUGUCAUAUUAUAAGUAUUCUACU